AUGCUGAAUAUUUCUCGUGCUCGAUCACACCUUACUAUCCUAGGGAUCGGUGUAGCCAAAGCUGGCCGUAUCAGGGGAUGUGCAACUCUCACUCUGCGCUCAUGCUACUCGGAUCAAUCACUCACGAUAAAGGCACACAUUCUCAGUGGUUUAACUGCUCAAUUACCAUCGGACCAAGUCUUAAAUACUGACUUGGCACAGUACUCGCAUCUCACGCUCGCAGAUCCAGACUUUGGAACUCCAGGUCCAACGGAUGUCAUCCUUGGAGCUGAUUACUACGGCCAGGUCAUCACUGGCGAGAUCAUCAAAUUCCAAGCUCGGCUCAACAAACCACUGAGAAUUCAUCAUGCUGUCUCCAAUCAUCAUGAUCAAGAUCUCCAAAACUUAUUAACUCGGUUCUGGCUCCAAGAAGAGGUCAGUUCAACUCAAUCACGCUCAUUAACUCCCGAAGAAGAGGCUUGUGAAGUUCACUUCCGGGACACUCACACUCGAGACAGUUCUGGCAGAUACAUUGUCAGACUGCCAUUAAUAUCAGACCCGCAACAACUGGGGAACUCAUACACAGCAGCUCGUCGCUGCUUACAACAUCUCAUGCGACGGCUUGAUCAUGAUGCUCGGCUCAAAACACUCUACAUGAACUUCAUGACAGAAUAUCUCGAACUCAAGCACAUGGUGCCUGCGGCAUCAUCUACAUCAUCAGUUCAAUACUUUCUACCCCACCAUGGGGUACUGAAAGAAGACAACAACAACUUCAAGAUCCGUGUGAUCUUCAACGGCUCAAAACCAACCAGUUCAGGACUCUCACACAACGACAUCAUGCAUAUCGGGCCAAAAUUAGUCGUUAACAUCUUCGACGUACUCAUCAGCUCACGACAACACCGGUUCAUCUUUAUCACAGAUGUCACCAAAAUGUAUCGACAAAUUCUGGUUCACGAAAAGGACCAGAGUCUGCAACAAAUACUCUGGUUUGAUGAGGAAGGAAACAUCAUUCCCUUCAAACUUACUACAGUUACCUAUGGGACGAAAUCAGCUCCAUUUCUUGCUGUUCGAGCCCUGCUCCAAUUAGUCGAAGAUGAAGGACAAAGAUUCCCACUCGCAAUCGAUCCACUCACUAAAGGUCGGUAUGUCGACGACAUUUCCGGAGGCGCAGAUGAUCUCGAGUCACUGCAAGCAGUCGCAGAUGAUAUCGAGGGUCUGUGCAUGGUGGGCGGAUUCCCACUCGCCAAAUGGGCAAGCAAACAUUGCAAAUUACUUCAGCUCAAUCGUGUGGAAGCGAUUACACAAUACAAAAUAGAGGAUCCAGAAGUCAGCGCCAAAAUUCUUAGGAUGUACUGGUCUUCAACCAAGGAUCAAUUCUCGUUCAAACACUCGCCACCAUGCUCAACUCAACCGUGCACAAAGCGUGCAAUUUUAUCAGAGAUUGCUCAGAUCUUUGAUCCUCUGGGAUUCCUAUCACCACUCAUAAUUCAAGCCAAAAUGUUCAUGCAGGAACUUUGGCUUGUCAAACUCGGCUGGGACACUCCAUUACCUGCAGAACUACGACAGAAAUGA